AUGGCGACGACAAAACGAACGCCGAAGCUGCCUGUCCAGCAGCUGGCCAUAUUGGCUGUUGCACGGUUCGCCGAGCCGCUUGCUUCCACCUCCGUCUUCCCAUAUCUGCCGGAAAUGAUAGCCGGGUAUGGCGUGCCUGAGAAGGACGUGGCUAAAUGGGCUGGCAUCACGUCUGCUGUCUUUUCAUUAGCACAGAGCAUUACAGCCGUGCCCUGGGGUAGAGCAUCAGAUUCUAACGGAAGGAAACCGAUCAUCAUGCUCGGGUUGUUCUUGACAAUGAUCUGCUUUCUAAUGUGGGGAAUGUCAACGAGUUUGACUAUGGCCAUCGUCAUUCGUGCCAUACAGGGAGGAUGCAAUGGAAACGUUGGUAUCAUCAGGACUAUGGUGGCAGAGAUGGUGCCCGAGAGAGAACUGCAGCCGAAAGCGUUCUCCAUCAUGCCCCUGGUGUGGAGUAUAGGAUCGAUAUUCGGACCAGCAUUCGGCGGUCUCUUCGCAAAGCCCGCAGACCAGUUUCCAGAACUAUUCGGCAACAGCCGUUUCUUCAAGGCUUACCCAUUCGCUCUACCCAAUAUCCUGGCCUCUAUCAUCUUUUUGAUAUCUCUCGCAACAGGUAUUUUGUUCCUGAAGGAAACACUCAACAGUAAGCGCCAUUCGAGGGACUGGGGCCUGGUUCUCGGCCAGCGCAUCACCGAGGCCUGGCAAGACCACCCCCUACGACGACAGGAGCGCCCCCGCCGAUAUUCGUUCCAGGAUGCCGAAGCUUCAGCGCCGCUGCUCCAGGCCGAUCGGACCGCAAAACCAGCCGUCGCCGUCAAGGAGACCAAGAUCGAGAACCCCACCCCGCCAUCCCUGCGCGACGUCUUCACCCGGCAGACGACCAUCAACCUAAUCUCGUAUACCUUCCUAGCGCUACACUCGGUAGCCUACGAUCAAGUCCUCCCCGUGUUCCUCAACUACCCGGAGGAAGCGCACACGCCCUCCAACACGUCCCUCCCCCUCCACUUCUCGGGCGGCUUCGGGCUCGCCAGCGGCCGCAUCGGCACCAUCUUCACGCUCUACGGCAUCGUGUGCGGGCUCAUCCAGUUUUUGUUGUUCCCGCCGCUGUGCGCGUACUUCGGCACGCUGAACUGCUACAAGGCCUGCAUGGUGGUCUUCCCGCUGGUCUACGUCGCGACGCCCUUCACCGUGCUGGUCGCAGACCCGACGCUGCGCUACGCGGCGCUGCUGGCCGUCAUGACCGUCAAGGCCUUUGCGGUAAUCGUCGGGUUCCCCUGCACCACCAUCCUGCUCACCAACAGCGCGACCAGCCUCAACAUCCUCGGUACGUUGAAUGGGUUCGCGACGACCUUCUCGGCGCUGGGCCGCGCGAGCGGGCCCGCCAUGACGGGCGCUGCGUUCAGCUGGGGCGUCAAGAACCAGCUCAUUGGCGCGCCGUGGUGGAUCCUGGCGUGCGUCGCUGUUGUUGGCGCGGUGCCGGCUUGGAUGAUUGUCGAUGGGGAUGGACCGAGCGGGCCACGACGCGCUGAGGGUGAGGAUGAGGAUACCGAGGUCGAGUCGGCUGUUGAGGAAGUGGAAGAGGAGGGGGAUGGGCUGGGGACGAGCCAGGCUACCAUUGUACCCGGCGCGCCUGACGAGGACGUGGAUGCCGACGCGGAACGCGAGUUGCUGAUGGUCAGCGGUAGCCGCGACAGCAGCAGCAUGAAGAGCGGGAGCACCGCGGAUUUGGGACGCGAUUAUGGGACCGUGGGACAGAGCGGCAACAGCAGCGCGGCUCGCACGUAG